AUGUUUGACGAGGUUGACGAACAGAAGGAUAGAAUGGCUCUCGCAACCAUCUAUCAAGCACUCUCCGAGGACAUCCUUCUCAUGGUGGCCGAGAAGGAUUCUACCAAGCUAGCGUGGGAGAUGCUAAAGACGAUGCAUGAUGGAGUGGAGAGAGUCAAAGAGGCAAAAUUAAAAACCUUGAAGACACACUUCGAGGCGAUUCACAUGAAGAACGGGGAAUCCGUGGAUGAUUUCUCCAUAAAAUUGACAUUCAUCGUGACUGGUAUCCGCUCACUGGAAGAGAAGAUAGAGGAGAUUUUCGUCAUCAAUAAGUUCCUUAGAGCCUACGUAUACUACGUGUUUGAGUGCCCUAACAAAAGGCUCGACGAUGAGGCAAACCUCAAUAGAUUCUAUGACGAAGAGCCAAAAUUAAUGUUUGUUAAGGUAGUGACGAAUGUUUUGCCCAAAAACGAUGAGGCAAACCUUAAUAACUUCUAUGACGAGGAGUUAACAUUUAUGUUUGCUGAGGGAGUGACAAAUGUUUUGUCCGAAGACGAUGAGACAAACCUCGAAGAGUUUGUGCAAGAAUUGUUUAAGGAGGAACCGGAUGUGGUGAUGCUCAAUGAAGAGAAAGUCAUGGAGAAUAUCAUCCCAAGUGGUAAUGAGUAUAAUCACACUGACAUGUGGUACAUUGACAAUGGAGAAAGAAACCAUAAGACUGGCCAUUAA